CGGAUGACAAAUAUUCACGUAUAUCGCUCGUGUUGGUAGACAUCCGGUGAGAUAUCUCCGUCUUAGGAUCAAUAACAACGGGUAUAUAUCCUUCUCUUUCUCAGUAAGAAGUGUACUUUACAUGGAUCAAUAUGGAUCCAGGGAAGAAGAAGAAAAGAAGAGCGGUUUCUGAUCUCAUGGAGUAAGUUGACGGUUGAAAUAUGUGCAGCUUUGUCAUCUUUGAACUCGAUAUGGUUGAGUGUUACUUAGUAAACAGGCCAGAUGUAUUUCUUAGUUUAAUUUUAUUGCAAAAAUUAUGCGGUUGGUUGUCUCUGAGAACCAAUUUUUUAUUAGUUUUAUAUUGUGCUGUCUGAACGGCGUGAAAAUUCUCGCAUUAAAUUUGAUUAAGCUAAAAUGCAAAGGUAAAUUUAAUACAUGGGUUUAUGGUUUGAUUUUUGAGGCCAACUUAUUUUGCAAGACCUAGCCUAAUAAUCCCAGUCGUUAUCGUUAUGUGGUUUGUUCGUUUUGUUGUGCGGAUGUACAGGUGAAUGUAAGAAUUAUUCUUGUAUCUUGUCGCCUUAAACAGUUCAUUCGGUUGCUAAUGAAUUAGUGAAACCGGUGCAGAUCGAUUGAUGUAUGCUAUUCAUGUAUGUGCCAAACGGUAUUGAAGAUGGCAGUUACCUUUUGCUAGUUGACCAGGGAUUAUUGAUAACUCCUGAUUGCCUUAAGCUAAGCUUCACAUAAUGCUCUAGUCUCCGAAUGUUGAAAACUUGAAAGAUGGAAUUAAUCACACCGGGUAUUCUAACUAAAAGAAAAUACCCAGAGACCCAUGAAAAUCAAACUGAAAAUAGGCACUCUGCUGGAAGAAAAAAAAUACAAAAGACCAAUGACAACGCAAAAUCAAUAAACUCCUCAUUUAUUUAACUGAAAAUUCCUCUGCAUUUAAAGAGGAAAGUCAAUGAUUGACUGUUUGUGAGAUUUGUUUUUGUUUGUAAUUUGUGUUCCAGAGUGUCGUCAUUGAUAGAAUUUCACAUGAUUGCACAUAGUUGAAUUAAUGUGAAGGUGUAUAAAAAUACAACUGGAUGUGAAGUUAUUGAAGAAUGAACCAAACAAAACUUGUUUUCAAUCCUGGAUAUACAAGUAUUUGAACUACAUUUGUCUUAGAUAUCCCACUAUUUGUACCUAAAGGCUGCAUCUUGGUUGGGCUGUAACAUGAUGAAUUUACCCUGGAUAUUUUCAAUACCUAAAAAUUGUUAACUUUGACCACACACUUUUCUAAGUUUUCUUAGAAUUCUCUCUUCCUCCUCAUACCCACUGUUGUUCAAUAACCUGUAGGGUAUCUCUACUCCUUUUCAGCCUGAGAUGCUGGGUGCUUUUUGUACAAUCAUUACCCUAUCUACUGAAAUCAUUGUUCCCCUUUGUUAUCCAGUUGCUUUUUAGGCCUUCCUUGCUUUCCCUUCCCAGGAGAGGGCUGUUCAGAGUACAGCCACCUGUAAUCAGUAGGGUCACAAAUGGUAUCUGCAAGGAAAGAUGUCAGUUCUGACUGAUGGGAACUUUUAUUUAAAAGUCAUUUGUUUCACCUAAUUACUUUUAGUUUCAAUUCUUAUUUUUGUUUGAAUUUGUACUGUGUCGUUGAAAAAACUUUCAGUUUAAAAGCCUUGGUUUUUAUCUUAAAUUAAAUUCUAAGAAAAUUUGGCAAAAAUGCAAUCUAAACAGGAAAAAGAAAAUCACACAUAAUUUCAAGUUGUUAGGUGUAACUGAGAGUAUCAGAAACUGUUAAAAUGUAUGUAUCUUAAAUAUUACAUAAUGUUACUCAAUAAUUUAUUCUGAGGCAUGAACAUCUCCCAGAAGCAUUUUGUCAGCCAUGUCAAUUUGUUGUAACCACUUCAUGUUCUUGGAGUAGAAUGUGGCUUAAAAGAGGGGUUAAAUGGUAGCAAAUGAUGAAAGUAAUCCAGAUUGCCAUGCAGCUUUCAUAUUUAUUCUGAACACUUUUUACACUGAAGACUUCCUUUCCUAACCUGAGUUUGUCUUAUCAUUGCAGUGAUGAAAGUGAUGCAGAAACAAUUGAUGGAGAUGGAAGGUAUCCAUGUAGUUCAUAAAAGUAAUUUUAUCACAUGACCCAUUUGUUCCUGCUCACACAAUCCUAGAGGAAACCAUAAUUCAUUUAAAUUAUAAUGAUAUUUGCUUUGAUAACAAGAAGUCAAUUGUUUGUGUGUAGGGAUGGUGACGAUCAGAGGAAAGGAUGGCCAAAGACAAACACAAAGUAAGUUGUGAUCGAAUUUUCUUAGAAUUAUUCACCAAAUGUUUCAUCUUUUGGAAAUAAAUGCUUGGUCAAUUUUUGCCACUGGGGUUUGGAAUCAUUCAAUGUUUCCUUUCCUGAUAAGUCAUUAGAAAGGCCGUAUGUUCUUAAUUUAUUGAAUGAAACCUACCACCUUUAUAGUGUCUCACAGACUGUUUGAUCAAGUAACUGUCUUCUUUGAUAUACAAACAGGCCAAAUCACAGUGAGAUAGAGAAAAGGCGGAGAGAUAAGAUGAACACAUACAUUAAUGAAUUGUCAACAAUGAUCCCUAUGUGUAAUGCCAUGUCACGCAAGCUGGAUAAACUGACAGUGUUGAGAAUGGCUGUGCAGCAUAUGAAGACCUUGAAAGGUGAUGAUAACUUUGUGUUGCUCCUUUCAUGAAAUGAUUUCCACAUGCACCAUGUUUCUCCUUUGCAUCUGUGAAAAAAUUGUUUAAUUCCAAUGGAGUUAGAGGUACUCUUAAACAAAAAUGCAUUAUGUAGGGCUUUAUCUUUAGAUUUAGUUAUUAGGAACUGUGAUUAUGAUUUUAAUCCCACCACAAGUCUAGGUGCCACUUAGAAUGACAUUUGUUUAUUAGCCAAGGCUUACUUGGGGAGACUGUAAUUAACUUGUUCCAAAUUAAGAAGAUGAAAGGAGAGGGGGGGAGAUUUGUUUGUGGCAAUCAGCAAUCAGGCAAGGCCAAGGAAAAGGCAAAGGCAAAAGUGGAUUUCAUUAAGUGUAACAUUCACAAGGAACCAAAGAGCAACCAGCAACACAUGUGGACUUUGUGGCAGUUCAGACACCUACCAGUAUUUGAAUCACCAAGUUAACCAUGAUGAAUACAAUAUCAUUAUGUUGUGUUGGAAAUUUUACAUUUCAGGAGCACUUGACCCCUUCACAGAAACAAACUACAAACCAGCUUUCUUGUCUGAUGAAGAUUUAAAGAACCUUAUUCUUGAAGCUGCUGAUGGAUUCCUUUUUGUUGUGGGAUGUGACAGGGGAUGUCUUCUUUAUGCAUCAGAUUCCAUUCAGAACUAUCUCAAUCAGGCUCCUGUAAGUUCAUUCCAAGUAAAAGUGAACAUAACCAAAUCUCAUAACCUUCUCAAGAGUUCCACUAUUAACAAGAACCAAGAUGGAAUUUUAAUUGCAAGGGACUCAAUUUUUCUCUUUUCUUGAGAAAGAAUGAAUGAAACCUAAGUUAAAUGGAAGAAAAGUAUUUUAGCUGCCAUACUUUCUGAAGCCCUACUCAAAAUUACCUUUUUUCAAGUAAACAUAAUGUAAGGUUAGAUAAAGAAUUUGGUUAUCCAUACAACCAAUGGAGGAGGGGCAAUUGUAAAGUUAAAAUUAUUGUAGCUGUUUGGUUUUUUUUUCUCCCUGAACAGUCUGAUCUGGUAGGACAUAGUUUCCUUGAUCUUGUGCACCAAAAGGAUGUCAACAAAGUCAAAGAACAACUGUCGUCCUCAGACACAACGCCUCGUGAAAGACUGAUUGAUGCAAAAACUGGUCUUCCACUUAAAACAGAAAAUCAACCCACUCCAACACGACUGUGUUCUGGUGCUAGGAGAUCAUUCUUUUGCCGUAUGAAAUGUGGAUCCAAAGGGAAAAAGGGAAAAGACAGUUUGGAACCUGAACCAUGUCUAAUGAAACGUAAAAGCAAAAGCAAGCAGGCAGCACAACCUGACAAAAAGCCAUAUGUCGUAGGUGGGUGUGACACAUGAAUUGUAUGCAGUGGCUAUGUGAAGCUAAGAGCCCACUUCUUAACAAAGUUAAACCAUAUGGUACAAUGGCUUUAUUGACUGAGUAGGAGGGCUGUACAGGAAAAUAUUUUACUUGAUACACUUGGUCUGUAAGGCAUGACUGGCCUAACCUAACUCAGUCAAUACACGUUUUAUUGUAUGAUGCUACUUAGUUCUCUUUCUUCCUUUGUCUAUUAACUAACAAAUGAAAUACUGAAAUUUCUUACUAAUUAUUCCAACCCUCAUUUUGUUUUUGUGAAUUAGUUCAUUGUACAGGAUACCUUAAAUCAUGGCCGCCCUCUGGAGCUUCAGUUGAUGAGGACGAUGAAGACAACGAAUCUAGAAAUCUCAGUUGUCUUGUAGCAGUGGGAAGACUGGAAACAAUUUAUGAUGAAGCAACAGAUUUCUCACAACCAGGAAUUGCCAAAAAAUUCAUCUCACGUCACAGUAUAGAUGGAAAAUUUAUCUUUGUUGAUCAGAGGUGAGUUGGAAACAUCUAGCCUCCUCUCCCUUCUCCUUGACUGGGAAAUUAUUCUCAUACAUAUGUGGUAUACUGGUGGAAUUUCUUUGUAGUAGACUGAUGUGGAAUGUAAAGGUACAAUUAAAGUAAAGGUGUUCUGUCAAUUUUGACUCUGAUUUGAUUUCGGGGACAAAUCUGUUAGUGUAUUGAGCAUCAGAAGACAAGAGCAGGUUAAUUCUGCUUGCUUAUUUGGGAAGAUUUUCAAUUUAUGUAUACUAGCUCCUUUUACAAAGGAUUUUAGUGAAAGAACAUUGACACUAGUUAUGUGUUGACUAAGUGGUUAGUGCUGCGGACUUUGAACCUUGGGGUCAAAGUGUUGUAUUCUUGGCCAAGACACUACUUUUACAGUGCUUCUUUCUACUCAAGAGGUUUAAAUAGGUGUAAGGAAAAGCUAAUAAAAUGCAGAGGGAAAUACUGUACUGGACCAACUUUUUGUCUAAGGGGGCACAGCAGUACUCCACAUUGCUUCACUUCAUGCCACUGAAUACUGGGAUAAUUUCCGUCAUGAUGACUUUAUUGGCCCUAAAGGUGACUGAACCUUUUGCCUUUUGCAGAACUACCGCCAUAACUGGCUAUCUACCUCAGGAGCUCAUAGGAAGUUCUGGUUAUGAAUAUUAUCAUCAAGAAGACCUUAAUACAAUAGCAAUUUCCCAUCGUCGGGCUCUUCAGGGGGAGAUUGUGUCAACUGAUGUUUACAGGUUUCGAUGUAAGGCAGGUCACUAUCUUCCAUUACGAACUUGUUCGAAUGUAUUCCGAAAUCCCUGGUCAAAGGAACUGGAGUUUCUAGUUUGCGUCAACACUGUGGUCACGUGAGUAUAGCAUACUAGAUCUUUUUUUUUCUCUGUUGUUGAGGGUGUUUUAAGUUAGUAUGCAGCGUUACUUUUCACGUGCUCAUUUUCCCUGAGAAUUUGACUCCUAGUGGAAAAAAAAAGUUUUUCACGAACGAAGAAGGUGUAUUUUAUUUUCAAUUGUGUCUCGCGCCUCGGGAUCUUUUAUUUGAAAGUAUCACAAGCCUAGAUGCUGAAUGAAUUUGCAACCACCCAGGGGCAGAAUCAGCGAGAGUUCCGGAGAUAACUGAUUCUGAAAAAAAUAACUUUGUGCGGGCUUCGACUUCACUUUCCGCCAUGAAACUGUUAUGAAGGAUAGGAGAGGCCUCUCAAGCAAAUCAUGGUAUUGUUGGUUGCCAUAAUGACUAGUGUUUUGUCUUAAGGGGUUUGGAGUCAAUGUCAUUGCCCCUGGCAGCUCCUCCGUCUGAUGUGUCCUGCACCAGUUUGCAGCUUGCAAGUAGUGUAGGAUCUGGGUCUUCAGCUCAAACUGACAGUAUGGCUGGAAAGACGAGUGUACAGCAAGUGUUAGAAGUAUUGAAGAAACGUGGGCAGCAGUUAGAUGCAGGUUAGCUCUUGUCAAGAUUACGAUUGUGUAUCACUUAGUUUUUUUUUUGAGCAUUCAGUAAGUUUGAAAAUGCUCUCAAUUUGCAUUUGAUCCUCUGGAAAAUCUCUCAGCAAUCUAUGUUCAAUAUCUUUGAAAUCGACCUAGGGGGACUUGGUCAAGUUGAUCAAGUCGAGGCCCAGCGGUGAAUUCAAGGAAGAAAAUAUUUUUGUUUAAAAAAAACAAACAAACAAAAAAGACAGGAACUCAUCAUUCUUCUUUCCUCGUUUUGAGUUGCAUCAUUUAUCAAAUGUAGUUUCUUCAUUAGGUUCUACGAAUAUUAUUUUACUUGUGCAGUGGGGUUUCUUGAAAAUGUCAGUUCAAAAGGACGAGAUUUCUCUUUUCCUCCGCUGAGUGUAGUUAGUGUAGUUAUGUCUCAAAACUUCAUUCUCCGCCUGCAGUCAUGACCUAUUUGUCGUUUGCAAGUCUUCUUUUUGCAAUCCUGAAAUAAGUUCUGUAAGUCGUUGACUACAGUACGCUCAGACCAGCUCGUACCAUCCCUCGAACUAUUACCGCCCUGUGUUGUUUCAGAUUAUUUGUUUUGAGUUAUCAUGGCAUAGAUAUGGCUAGAUAACUUAGUCGGCAUAUGAAGCGUGUUGGACCAAAUUUGGGCGGUGGAAUUGGCACUAAAUAGUCAGAAUUUCUACCUUUAUUGUAAUCAGAAGUUUUUAAUGAAUUUAAAAGGUUUUCUCCUGUUGAAAGUAAUCAGUUUUCGUUAAGUUUGUCUUCCAAGCUAUGAGGAAGCAAAUUAAACGUUAAUGCCUCCAUUUUAGGGUCCAUGUCAGCUGACAAGAAGAGUCAUGAACUUGACGUUGCUAUGGCUAAUGUGGGAAAUGCAGGUGCGAGUCGUAUUGGGGCCAUUGUGGCCGAACAGGUUCAAAACCAGGAAACACAAGACAGGUGGGUACUGUCCUUUUCAUAAAAAGAACUUGUUUUUGAAGGACUACCCCGCCCCUCUAGUGACAGUAAGAUUUUGAAACCAUCUCUAUUUUUUUGAUAAUACAAGCAACCGAAACAGUGUGGCAGCAUCGAACCAUCAAACAAUUAUUCAAAUGAAAGUUUGCUUGCAUUAAGGUGAAGUUUCGAAAAGGGAGGAAGUCCUGCCGAGGUUAUUUCUCUGCCCGUACAUUAGGGUUGUCUUCAAUAAGGAGCCAGUAAUAUUGAGGAGUCAGGAGUGUUUGUCGUAAAAGAGCUAUGCACUCUUGACGAGCGCCUAAUUUAACAACAGGCCCUUUCCCUCUGAACUCUCAAACUCCCGAGAUCUGAAUGGUACUUCUCUCUUUCAGCUGCUAUUCAUUUCCUCGUCAGUAAUUUAAAAAAUGAAUUGGAAAAAAGGUGACUCGCCUUUUACUUUCUAUUAUCUCAGGGAAUUCCAGUUCGGACUAGGUCUUAAUCGACUGAAUGAGGGUCUUCCAUCUAAUACGGGUGGUGUGAGUACGAUAAACAUUGACGACAUUUCACCGAACGCACCAAAUGCCCCAAGAGUUCCGUCUACCGAUAGAACGGGCUCGCAUGCGGUAGGAGCUGGUUUGGAUAAUCAACGGCAGCUGUCACAGGC